CUUUUGUCACACCAUAUCCUCCUUCCCGGGCACUGUUUUCAUACUGGGAAAUCCCAAAUUCCCGGACAGCGGAAAACGACAGCGUAGCAGUAAGCAUUAUCAACUCUAUGCUCUAUCAUUGGCUGCUCCUCUCGUCUCCUCCCCAACACUGCUCCCCGCUCCAUCUCCUCAAUUAUAAACCAGGCCAUGUGGUGGUCGAUGAGCAAAUAUCUGAACAGAACGGAAGCAAUGUUCCAGCAGCGGCGCCGUCGGAUCGGCGAAUACUGGCGGUGCCUUUACAACGUUUCCGUUUCCGAACCUUCGACUUCUCAGACUUCAUUUGGCUCAUCGUGAAGUAAUUGUUAUUGAUUUUAUCCUUUUUUUCUUUUUGUAGUGUAAUUCAUUCUUCUUUUUUAUGAAUUAGAUUACGCAAAUAGCUCAUACUCGUUUGGGAAAAUCAGGAUGGGGUUGCACUCAAUGGACAUUGACAAGAUAUUAUUAUGCUGCUUAGUUGUGAUAAACAUCAUCGGAAUUCCAGUCCAGGAAUAAGUUCAAUUUGUCUGAAACUAAGAAAAUCAGAAAGCAGAAAGAGGAGAGGGGAGAAGAAGAGGUAGAGAAGCGCGAACGGUUUACUGUUGCGAUACAGUCUCAAAUCAACAAAUUGUUUGGAUCUGUUAGACUUUACAAGGAGUUAAAAGACUUGGAACACUUACUUCUAGGACAAGAAACACGACUUUAGAACAGGAACCUAGUACUGGACAGACAAACUUUAUGGUAAUUAUGAACUAGAUUUCAGAGAUGCAUCAAUAUUUUUAUGGAUGGUAUACAAUUGUUUACCACCCAAAAAGGGCUUUAUACAUAUGCGGAGUUCAGGUCUUGAUAUUCAGUUAACCUCUCAAACCCAAAAUUUAGGUGUAUGCAUCCAGGUCUCUUAAUUGGUAGAGUAAGAUACUGUCCAAAUUCAAUGAAAAUUCAAAAAAUGAUUUUAUAUCCAAACCCUACUCGGGCCGUAAAAGUGUCAAUGGGUAGAGUAAGAUCCUGCCCAAACUCAUUACAUAAUUUAGAGACACAGGCCCAAACUCAAUGUAUAUACCAUUGACGGUGAAUCCAAAUGCAAUUUUAGUUUGUUUUGUAUGUGUGUACACUGAAUCGGGUGGGAAGUUGCGGGUUGGGGGAUGAGUUGAUGAAACAGGAUCAUGGCGAGAAAGAAAAUCAUCUGUAACUUUUUCUAGUCAUAAGCCUGAAAAGCCGUUUUGGUUGGAUGAAAAGGAAUCCUCUGCAUAUUUACUUUUGUUUGGAAUUGAAGCUGAACAGAUUGGAGGGUUAUCAUGUCCUCGUGGGUUCCUUAUCAACACAGAAGAUAGAGACUUAAUAAAAGAGAAUCCGUCUGUUUCAAGCAAACAAUUCAAAUCAUAUUCUUAUACCAUUUAACGGGAGUGAAAGCUUUUGUUUUUUCCACAAAGAUGGUUUGGUGCCCACAUCCGCAUAAACCAUGGAAGAGAAACCGAGUUAGGUUAAUGCUUUCUGAAACAUCUCUUCUUCCAGAGGUGGGUGCCUAAGGAAUAAAGGUUGCAACUUGUCUUAACUCUGCUUUCACUUUGCACAUUCUGGUGGAAUUGCUACGAUGAUGGAGACCCACGAUAACGAUUGCGGUCUGCUUAUCUAAAGGUCGCAUACAAUGGAGGGACAUCAACUGCAACAUCAGGCUGCCUGCAUGAGGAAAGCCCUUUUUGAUCAGGGAUAUCUUGAUGACCAAUUCCUACAGUUGGAGGAUUUGGAGGAUGAAGCCAACCCUAAUUUUGUGGAAGAGGUGGUUAAGCUAUAUUACAGUGACUCGGCUCGAUUUAUCCGAAACAUAGAACUGACACUGGAUAAAAAUCCUUUUGACUUUGAGAAACUGGACGAUAUUAUGCAUCAGUUCAAGGGCAGCAGCUCAAGCAUUGGCGCCAAGAAGCUCAAAACGGAAUGCACACAAUUUCAAGAAUACUGCAAAAUUGGGAACUUUGAGGGGUGCAUGAGGACAUUCCAAGAGGUAAAACAAGAGCAUGCAGUCCUGAAAAAGAAGCUCGAGAGUUAUUUUCAGGUCUUCCUCCUAGUGCAUGUGUACAACUGCGUGUAUGUCUGUGUAGACGUACAUUUUGUAACCAAUUAAUUGUUGUUUUCUUGUUGCAAUUUCAGCUAGCAAGACAAGCUCGUUAGUUCACCAACGGGCAAGGAGUAAAUAAAGAUUAUGAUGCCAAAUAAGUGAAUGUAACAGUUUAGAAUCAAGUAGCUUUUGACUCAAUGCAUGCCAGUGACCAUUUACAUG